GCUUCCGGUCCAGAUCCGGUGACAUUUUUCGACAUCUCACAACCCCGCGUCCGAUUUAGCGGUAUGGUUCUGCAGCUACCUCUGCCUCCGAUCUAUUCGUCUGCCGAUUUACUCAUCUGCAGUCAGCAAUCUAAGGUAGCAUGUGUCCUCUCAGGCUGCAUCCGCUGGGCGCGGCAUGUGGGCUCUGCAUCUGAGCUGCCACUGUCUCAGCGGGUGAUUUCCAGGCAUUCCCUAUGGGCACGACAUGCAAAGAGAGACUGAGUCCGAUACUAUCAGAGUCCCUAGAUAUCAAGGUUACACACUCUUCCUCAGUCCGUCCCUCGGUCUCUCUGUCGUUUGUCCCAUCACAACCGCCACCCUCAUUAUUCUCAUAACCGUUACCGCUCCAUUCAAAGCCACCUAUAGCCACAGUUCUCGCCAUAGUCGCCGCUUUGAACUUGAAUUGUUGAGGCGUCGCCGAUGCCGUAAGAACCAAGGUUCACCGUACAUACCAUUAAGGCAAGGUACCUUGACCCGGUCUCAUCAACCGGUAAAGUAACCCGCUUGGAGUGGAACUUGGGCGGGAAUUGCCU